GCCCGUGUUCACACCGAAGCCUGCAACUUUUUUUAUUAUAUUGCCGAGUAAGAGAAAUCCAAACCCACCGAACUGAGCGCGAUUCUCGGUCAGCCGGAUCGGCAACAAGAAUGCAACAAGAACCAGUAGGCCUUGGAGGUUUCUGAGUGCAGAUGCCUCUUUACUCGUGCCCAGACGACGAGACCUUGUUUGAUUUUAUGGGCGACUGGCUGGAUUGACCGAGGCCGUCGACUAUGGCGGCACCAGAGAGACCGUCGAUGGACGUCGACAUUGAGGAUACGUCCGCAAUCAUCGACGGCGAUGGCCCUGGCCGACCUCCUCGUGCGCCUCCUAUUCCUGCAUCUGUCAAGAUCAACGUCGAAGGCGCAUUUAUCGUGGACGAAGAUGCCAGCGGCAGGAAUGGCGCAGGCAGCGAGUUCGUCCAUUGGGAACGCAAUGAUAUCCGACUUCCACACCACACGGAUGUGGUCAGUCAUGUAGCUGUCGAUAUUGGCGGCUCUUUGGCAAAGCUGGUUUACUUCUCCCGCGAACCUGGUUCGACCCAUGGCGGCGGUCGCUUGAACUUCGUUAACUUCGAAACCGAUCGCCUCGACCUCUGCAUCGAUUUCAUCCAGGAACUAAAGCAGACUCAUUCAAAAUUGAACGGUUCUGCUCCUCAUCAACUGUGUGUCAUGGCCACCGGGGGCGGAGCAUUCAAGUUCUAUAAUAGGAUGAGGGAAGUAUUGCAUGUCGAUGUCAUCCAGGAAGAUGAGAUGGAAUGCCUCAUUAUCGGGCUCGAUUUCUUCAUAACGGAGAUUCCUGGCGAAGUCUUUACCUAUAGCGAAGACGAACCGAUUCAAUUUGUCGAGGCUCGUGCGGACGUCUACCCCUACCUCCUUGUCAACAUCGGGUCUGGUGUAUCCAUGGUCAAGGUGUCUGGUCCCGGUGAAUUCCAGCGAGUUGGCGGAACAUCGCUAGGAGGCGGCACCUUUUGGGGAAUACUCUCUCUGCUCACCGGGGCGCGAACAUUUGACGAAAUGCUCGCCUUGGCAGAAAAGGGCGACAACAGCGGCGUCGACAUGUUGGUGGGGGAUAUUUAUGGCACAGGAUAUGGCAAGAUUGGCCUCAAGGCCACCACAAUCGCAAGCACAUUUGGUAAAGUAUUCCGGAUGAAAAGGCUUGCCGAGAGAAAUGCAGAAGACGGAGAAGGACUCUCCAACGGCGAUCCGCACGACGAGGAUGAAGGCCGCGUGCAGGGUUUUAAAAUCGAGGACAUGGCACGAAGUCUCCUCUACGCUAUAUCUAACAACAUCGGACAGAUUGCAUAUCUGCAAUCGGAAAAGCACAACCUUAAACACAUAUAUUUCGGGGGAUCGUUCAUUCGUGGCCACACCCAGACCAUGAACACCCUUUCAUACGCCAUCAAGUUCUGGUCCAAAGGCGAGAAACAGGCCUAUUUCCUGCGACACGAAGGCUAUCUUGGGUCCGUCGGAGCCUUUCUCAAGAGACAGCCGAAGAACUGGGGUCGGCGGAAUAGUCUGGAGGACCUCAAGCUGGGAAGAGUGCUGUCAAAGGAAUGAACUGGUAUUCUGAAGUCAGCCUCAACAUCAAAAGACCUGAAACCGGCGUCGCACUAACCGCUUGAGACUGGAACGUUUGAUAAGAGCUGAGCAAUGAGGCUAGUAGCCUUGAGUGAGACCGGAAGCACAGAAGAAAAGCAAGUCGAAGUGACUGUCAACCCAGCAUGAUAGAAGCCAUGGCUCCGACAAUGCGACUUCGGUAUCUGUUCCUAUCUUUGCGACUCGGAGUUGGUUAUUUUCACUUUGGGUUGUCGCGAACAUGGUGUUGGUGUCGGUUCAUUGGUCGCUGUGAUGGCACACUGUCACUGCGAGCGACAUCUCAAAAGUACUGGGCUCGAGUGAGCCAUCUCCUCAACACUUCCUUAUUGAUCACAACCCCUUCGGUCUCUCAGAACAUACUAUGUGAGUGUCAGACAGAAGGAUGCCCAACCUCGAUGCAAAUUAGACGACUUCAAGGUAUAGGUCCGCUGUGAGGAUGCUAGAAUCGAUGCAGCAACAAGUGUCGGCAAACGAUCUCGCCCGUCCCGCGGCCCCCUUUCACUUGUGAUCUCCCGGCCAGGCGACGCUCUUCUUCUGUAGGGGGAACAAAUCAUGACAAUUGAUAGACUGUGUGGAGUGCAGAGGCUUGUUGAAGUUUCGUCUACUGCUGGCGGGGUCGGUCAGUCUGGGGUUAAUUUAGGUCUGUGCAUCGCAUGGCUUGACCAUGUGCAAUGACGGAUGCACGCACAGGUAAAGAGGCAGUACAAGUAUGAAAAGUGAUCGCACCUAUUCCAGGUGCCUGAGG